UAUAUAGAGAAAGAGAGAGAGCUGCGCAUGGAGGGGGAAAUCAACAACUUUAUCCAAGUAUGGAUCACAGUUUUUGUAUCCUUAUGCUUCUGCUACUUUGUAGCUUCAAAGGUCCCAAAAGGCAAGUUGAGGCUGUUAACCACUCUCCCCAUCUGCGGCCUCUUUCUUCUUCUCCCGCUAAAACUCCACACCGUCCAUCUCGGAGGUACCACAGCUUUCUUCGUCGCUUGGCUCGCUAACUUCAAGCUCCUCCUUUUCUCUUUCGGUAAGGGCCCUUUGUCAUCUCACCCAUCCAUCUCCCCCUUCUGUUUCAUCUCCGUAGCCUGUCUUCCCAUCAAAAUCAAACAAGAUCCAUCUCCACCACAAACCCCAAAUCCGUCUGCUGAUUUAAAUAACAAAAGAGACAACCCAUCUCCCCAUAAUCAUAUAGCAAGAAAAUCCCCCAAAUCACUUCUUAACUAUGCCAUUAAAGCUCUACUGCUAGCUCUACUUAUCCGAGUCUACGACUAUAGACCGUAUUUCCACCAAAAGGUCAUCUUGACUCUUUACUGCUUUCACGUUUACUUCCUCCUUGAAGUCAUUCUCGCCGGUGCCGCUUACCUGGCUCGCGUCCUGCUCAAUCUAGAGCUCGAGGGACAGUUCGACGAGCCCUAUCUCUCCACCUCUCUGCAGGACUUCUGGGGACGAAGAUGGAACAUCAUGGUCACUAAUAUCCUACGCCCAACGGUAUACGAGCCUACACGCGGCUUCUUUACGCAGGUAAUAGGAAGGAAGUGGGCCGCACUACCCGCCACAAUGGCGACAUUUGUGGUGUCGGGUCUUAUACACGAGCUCAUCUUCUUUUACCUGGGACGCGUGGAGCCCACUUGGGAGGUUACGUGGUUCUUCAUCCUCCACGGGUUGUGCUUGGUCUUGGAGAUUGCUGCCAAAAAGGCGUUGGUCGGCAGGUGGGGGUGGCGAUUGCAUGGGGCGGUGUCGCGGCCGUUGGUCGCUUCGUUCGUAUUAGCCACCAGUUCCUGGUUGUUCUUUCCGCAGUUCUUGCGAUGCCGGGCGGAUGUUAGGGCGCUCGACGAGUACGCCGCAGUUGCAGAAUUUGUGAGGAAUGUUGGUCAGAGUUUGCUGCGAUCUCCAUAUUCCAAAUUUCCGGUUGGUGACUGACCGACGACUGCCCACGAUUUCAAAACUUCAAAUGCAACCACCCGGGCCCGGCGUUGAAUCUUGAUUAUUUUCAUUUUGACGUUAAAUCAACUACAUAGUACUCACAAUCAGAUUUAGCUCUUUGUUCAGCCACUGUUCAGACGGAGACGAUUAAACGUCCUGCCUGUGCCAACUUACCGGAGUAUCACAAUAGUGUACUACUUGUUGUACUGGAUUAAUCAAGUAUGUCACUUUUCUGGCCUUAAUUAGUACCGAAAUGGCAAAACCAACAUCCACAGGCAUAUAUAUAUAGGUCUCGGAGUGAGAGUCUAUAUCCCCUCUGGCCUUUGUUUUCUCGUAA